AGCUGAUAGAAGCCAGGGCUUGCUCUUCAGAUGACUUAAAACACACAUAUGGUUUCUGUAGGCAGAAAGAAGUGGAGGAGCCUGUCUUCUUUGCAGUCACGUGCUUGGACCUGGCGACAGAGUCUGGAUGGACGGCGGUGGGUUGGAGUGCAGCCCACGAUUCAGCGAGGCUGUGGGAUUCGGCGCGGGCUAGUGGGCGGGCGGUGGCGGACGGACUACAACUCCCGGCACUCACCACGGCAGGCGGGCCGCUGCACCUGCUCAGUGGGGCCGCCCCGGGCGCCUGGGUAUUGAUUAUUCCAUUGUGUGGGACGCCUCGGUUCCAGCCAGUGAAAGAGGCGGAGGAGUAAGGGCGAGGAGGAGUAGGAGAAGGAGGAGGAGGUGGGCGAGGAGGAGGAGAAGGAGGAGGAGGAGGCAGGGAGCGAGCGAGUGCCCUGGGUGAAUCAAUGGAAAGCCCCUCACGAAGCCGGGAAAACACUUCAGCCGCAGCCAAAUAGCAUUGAUUAUUUUCCUUCACUUCCCUCACCGCCGUGAAUUUAUUUAUUUAUUUUUUCCAUCUCCGUCCCCGACGCCCCGGAGUGAGCGCUGGAGGGAGGGAGGAGGAGGGGGAAAAAAGGAAUCAACACAUCGGAGAAGUCCCUUCCAAGAGCCGCCCCCUCCCCUCCCCGCCUCGCGCUGCUCAGCGGCCGCGGUUCGACUCCCGUCCCUGCUUCCAGCUGAGGUGGUACUGGCUGUCACGCUGAAAUGAACCCCCAGCACUCCUCCGUCUGCCAUGGCCACCCUUAGCGCAUCCUCUACUGCUGGCACCACCCCACCCCCUGGGCACAAUGCCCAGUCUCUGCCUCCAAACAUCUCCGCCCCUGGCACCCCCCCUAAUCCUGUCACCAAAGAUCCCCCUGCUGCCUCUUCGACCUCUGAGAGCAUGAGGCCCUCGGAGCCAGGGGGACAGCCCCUGGAGUCAGGUUGUGGCCUCGUCCCACCAAAGGAGAUUGGGGAGCCCCAAGAAGAGCCUGGCUGUGAUGGCUUCCCACCAAAGGACCUGGGGGUGGAAGAAGACCAGGAGCAGGAGGAGGGAGAAGGAGGGCUCCCUCCUGUGGACCUAAGUAACCAUUUAUUCUUCACAGCUGAUGGUGAGGCCUGCCUAGUGGCCAAGUUGGCCCUGCCAGGUGGCAGUGAACUGCUGUUACCAAAGGGCUUCCCCUGGGGUGAGGCGGGCAUCAAGGAAGAGCCCAGCCUACCCCACCCGCCCCCUGCACACCUCACUGCCCUUCACGUUCAACAUGGCUUUGACCCAAUCCAAGGCUUUAUUUCUUCUGACCAAAUUCUGUCCCAUGAUACCUCAGCGCCAUCUCUGGUCGCCUGCGAGGGAAGGGAUGGAGCCUUCAGGAGCUACCAGCUAGCUCCAAACCCACCUGGAGAUCCCAAAGAUGGCCCCAUCGGGAGCAGGCGGGGAGACCACAGGGCACUGUUCUGGCUCUGCCUCCUGUGCCGCCUGGGUUUCAGCCGGCUCCAGGCCUUUAUGGGUCAUACGCAGUCUCAUGGGGUGAAGUUAACCCCUGCUCAACACCAGGGCCUGCCGGGCAACCCAGCUGUGCUCCAGGAAGGGGACGAGGGUUGCAUGGCCCUUCUAAGCUUUCUGGAACCAAAACCACCUGCUCCACCUUCAGAAAUACCCCUGGACAACAGCGGCACAAUGAACCUGGAGGCGAUUGCAGUCCAGACAGAGGAAGGCCCCCCUGCGGCAGAAACCCAGGCCCUUGUACUCCCCGCAGAAGAAAUGGCCCCCAGUCCACCCUCCCCAUCCACAACCCCAGCCAUCUGGGACCCCAGCCCAACCCAAGCCAAAGAAUUGCCAAUGGCAGCAGGUGAGGCAGGGCCAGAUUGGUUCCCCGAGGGCCAAGAAGAGGAUGGAGGGCUCUGCCCCCCACUCAACCAAAGCUCACCCACCUCCAAGGAGGGGGGCACUCUCCCCGCCCCAGUGGGCUCUCCCGAAGACCCCAGUGACCCACCCCAGCCAUACCGCCUAGCUGAUGACUACACCCCAGCCCCUGCAGCCUUCCAGGGCCUCAGCCUGUCUAGCCACAUGUCUCUGCUACACUCACGCAACUCCUGCAAGACACUCAAGUGUCCCAAGUGCAACUGGCACUACAAGUACCAGCAGACCCUGGAUGUGCACAUGCGGGAAAAACACCCUGAGAGCAACAGUCACUGCAGCUACUGCAGUGCUGGGGGGGCCCACCCCCGCCUCGCACGGGGAGAGAGUUAUAACUGUGGCUACAAGCCCUAUCGCUGUGACAUCUGCAACUAUUCCACCACCACCAAGGGCAACCUCAGCAUCCACAUGCAGUCUGACAAGCACCUGGCCAACUUGCAGGGCUUCCAGGCUGGGCCUGGUGGGCAGGGAAGCCCCCCAGAGGCAUCGCUCCCACCCUCCGCAGGAGAUAAGGAACCCAAGACCAAAUCAUCCUGGCAGUGCAAGGUGUGCAGCUACGAGACCAACAUCUCUCGAAACCUGCGCAUCCACAUGACCUCUGAGAAGCACAUGCAGAAUGUCCUCAUGCUCCACCAGGGGCUGCCGCUGGGCCUGCCACCUGGGCUGGUGGGGCCAGGCCCUCCGCCCCCAGGAGGGGCUGCCCCUGCCACUCCCCCUGAACUCUUCCAGUACUUUGGGCCACAGGCCCUAGGGCAGCCCCAGGCUCCCUUACCUGGCCCUGGGCUGAGACCAGACAAACCCCUGGAAGCCCAGCUGCUUCUCAACGGCUUCCACCACCUUGGAGCGCCUGCCCGCAAGUUCCCCACACCUGCCCCUGGCAGCCUCUCCCCGGACACCCACCUGCCUCAAAGUCAGCUUCUGGGCUCCUUGUCCGAUGGUCUGCCCACCUCGCCACCCCCAGACGACAGCCCAUCCCUGAAGGUGUUCCGCUGCCUUGUGUGCCAGGCCUUCAGCACGGACAACCUGGAGCUGCUGCUCUACCACUGCAGUGUGGGCCGCAGUCUGCCAGAGGCUGAAUGGAAGGAGGUGGCUGGGGACACCCACCGCUGCAAGCUCUGCUGCUAUAGCACCCAGCUCAAGGCCAAUUUCCAGCUCCACCUCAAGACUGACAAACACGCUCAGAAGUACCAGCUGGCAGCCCACCUGAGGGAGGGGGGUGGGGCCAUGGGCACCCCUUCCCCCAUGUCCCUGGGAGAUGGAACUCCUUAUGGGUCUGUGCUCCCCUUGCACCUGCGCUGUAACAUCUGUGACUUUGAGUCCAACAGCAAGGAGAAGAUGCAGCUGCACAUCCGGGGUGCAGCCCAUGAAGAAAACAGCCAGGUCUAUAAGUUUCUGCUGGAGAUGGAGGGGGCAGCGGCAGGGGCAGAGCUGGGGCUGUUCCGCUGCCUGCUUUGUGCCUGGGAGACACCCUCCCGCCUGGCAGUGCUGCAGCACCUGCGAGCACCGGCCCACCGCGAUGCCCAGGCUCAGCGGCGACUGCAGCUGCUACAGAGUGGCCCGGCAGCCGAGGAAGGGCUCUCAGCUCUUCAGAGCAUCCUGAGCUUCAGCCAUGGGCAGCUCCGGACUCCAGGGAAGGUUCCUGUUACCCCCUCAGCUGAGCCACCCACCCCUGAGAAAGAUGCCCAGAACAAGACAGAACAAUUGGCUUCUGAAGAGGCAGAGAACAAGACUGGCCUCCCUGGAGACAGUGCCAGCCAGACCACGGUAUACUGCUGUCCAUACUGCAGCUUCCUUAGCCCGGAGUCGGACCAGGUACAGGCUCAUGCACUCUCUCAGCAUGCAGUGCAACCCACGUACAGGUGUCCACUGUGCCAGGAGCAGCUGGUGGGCCGGCCUGCUCUGCACUUCCACCUUUGCCACCUUCACAAUGUGGUGCCUGAGUGUGUUGAGAAGCUACUGCUUGUGGCCACAACUGUAGAGAUGACAUUUAUGACCAAAGUGCUGCCUGGGCCCUCUCUCAGCCCUCUGGGGGAUGUCCCAGAGCCCCUGGCUACUGGGCCAGAGCCCGCACCCAACAGAGACCAGGUAGCAGAAGGCCCUCACCUGACCCCAGAAGCCAAUCCCAAUCCUCUUCCUGAGCCUCCCCUGCCCUCAGCUGAGACCCCAGACAAGCCCACAGGAAGCCCUGACCAAGGCCCCUCUCCAGCCCCAUCUCCAGCCCCAUCUCCAGCCCCUCGACCUGAUGCCCAAGCUGAAGAAAUGGCUCCUCCACCCCCUACAGCUGAGGAGGAAGAGGGGACUGCUGGAGAGCCCCGCCCUACAGAAGUAGCUCCAGCUGACUCUCGCCACCCUUUGACCUAUCGGAAGACCACUAACUUUGCCCUGGACAAGUUUCUCGACCCUGCCCGGCCCUAUAAGUGCACUGUGUGUAAGGAAUCCUUCACGCAGAAGAACAUCCUCCUGGUCCAUUAUAACUCAGUCUCCCACCUGCACAAGAUGAAGAAGGCUGCCAUUGACCCCUCUGGCCCUGCCCGGGGAGAGGCUGGUAUAGCGCCUGCCACCCCUGCUGCUACAGACAAGCCCUUUAAGUGCACAGUCUGCCGAGUCUCCUACAACCAGAGCUCUACCCUGGAGAUCCACAUGCGUUCAGUUCUGCACCAGACUCGCUCACGGGGAGCCAAGACUGAUGCCAAGGCUGAGGGGUCAGAGCGUGGCCAGGAAGAGCCCAAAGAAGAGACUGAGGGGGAGGCGGGUACUGAGAAGAAGAGCCCCAAUCCCAGUGGCUUCAUAUCUGGAUUGCCCUUCCUGUCCCCUCCUCCCCCUCCCUUGGACCUGCACCGAUUCCCAGCCCCACUCUUCACCCCACCAGUCCUGCCCCCCUUCCCUUUGGUGCCCGAAUCACUGCUUAAGCUCCAGCAGCAGCAGCUGCUGCUUCCCUUUUACCUCCAUGACCUCAAGGUGGGGCCCAAGCUGGCACUAGCUGGGCCUGCACCCCUGCUGUCCCUGCCAGCUGCCACCCCUCCUCCCCCACCCCUACCCCCAAAGGUUGAGCUGACUGAGCAGGAAUGGGAGCACCCCUCUGUGGCUGAAGAGGGAACCGAAGCAGGGCCAGCCUCACCCCCACAACCAACACCCAGUGAGGCAGCCCGCACUGCAGCCAAAGCCCUUCUAGAAAACUUCGGCUUUGAGCUGGUGAUCCAGUACAAUGAAGGGAAACAAGCAGUACCCCCUCCUCCAACCCCACCCCCACCAGAGGCCCUCACGGGUGGGGACAAGCUGGCUUGUGGGGCCUGUGGGAAACUCUUCUCUAACAUGCUCAUCCUCAAGACACACGAGGAGCAUGUCCACCGCCGCUUUCUGCCCUUUGAGGCCCUGAGCCGUUAUGCUGCUCAGUUUCGAAAGAGCUAUGAUAGCCUAUACCCGCCCCCUGCAGAGCCCCCCAAACUGCCUGAUGGGUCUCUGGACUCACCUGCUCCCCAACUGGGUCCACCCUUCCUGGUGCCAGAGCCUGAGACAGGGGGAGCCCAUGGCCCCGAGGAGCGAAGCCGGGCAGGAGGACGCUGGCCCCCAGAGGAGGAAGAACACUCCAGAGGGAAUCUUCCUCUCCUAGUGCCUGCAGGCCGCCGAUUCUCCAGAACCAAGUUCACUGAGUUCCAGACCCAGGCUCUGCAAUCCUUCUUUGAGACCAGUGCCUACCCCAAGGAUGGGGAGGUGGAGCGACUUGCAAGUCUCUUGGGCCUGGCUAGCCGUGUGGUGGUAGUGUGGUUCCAAAAUGCCCGCCAGAAAGCACGAAAAAAUGCCAGCGAGGGGGGGCCUGCACCAACUGCAGGAAGUACUGGGGGAGUCUCUGGCUGCAGGCGCUGCCACGCCACCUUCUCCUGUGUUUUUGAGUUGGUGCGACACCUUAAGAAAUGCUAUGAUGACCAGUCCCCGGAAGAGGAAGAGGAAGAGGCAGAGAGAGGGGAAGAGGAGGAAGAGGUAGAAGAGGAAGAUGCAGAGGAGGGACAGGGCCUGGAACCCCCAGCAGAGCCUGAGGGACCAUCACCAGAACUUCCAGGCAGGGAAGAGCUGGGCCAAGCAGAAGCAACAAAGCCAGAAGGCAGAGAGCCCGAAGGGAGGGCUCCUCCCUCACCUUCCCCAGUCCACACCUGCGACCAGUGUACCAUGUCGUUCCCCAACCAGGACCUCCUGACCAAUCAUCGCCGACUCCAUUUCCUGCCACCAGUGCAGCCCAGCGCUGCCCCCCACCUCCUUGAUCUGCCCUUGCUGGUGUUUGGGGAGCGAAACCCCCUGGUGGCAGGCACUCCACCAGUGCCAGGGCCACCCCUCAAACGCAAGCACGAGGAUGGCAGUCUGUCCCCCACUGGCAGUGAAGCAGGGGGUGGAGGGGAGGGUGAGCCCCCCAGGGACAAGCGCCUGCGUACGACUAUCCUGCCGGAGCAGCUGGAGAUCCUGUACCGCUGGUAUAUGCAGGACUCCAACCCCACACGAAAGAUGCUCGACUGCAUCUCUGAGGAGGUGGGGCUAAAAAAGCGAGUGGUGCAGGUCUGGUUCCAGAAUACUAGGGCCCGAGAAAGGAAAGGCCAAUUUCGAAGCACCCCUGGGGGAGUGCCCAAUCCUGCAGUCAAGCCCCCUGUCACACCCACUCCUGCACCCUUCUCCAAGUUCAACCUCUUGUUGGGCAAAGUGGAUGAUGGGACAGGGAGAGAGGCCCCAAAGAGAGAAGCACCUGCUUUUCCCUUCCCUACAGUCACCCCUACUGUGGGGUCCCUGCCUUUCCUUCCUCCUGGGAAAGAGGCUACCGCCCCAACACUAGAGCCACCUCUACCUCUCCCACCUCCUCCUCCCCCUCCUUUACCCCCCAGUGAGGAUGAGGGCCCAGAGGAGCCUGCAAAAGCUUCUCCAGAGAGUGAGGCUUGCAGUCCAUGUGCAGGGGACCUAAGUGAUUCCUCUGCUUCCAGCCUGGCCGAACCAGAGUCCCCUGGGGCUGGAGGGACCAGUGGGGCACCCGGAGGUGGGGCCGGGCUUCCAGAUGGAAUGGGGCAGCGGCGCUACAGGACCCAGAUGAGCAGCCUGCAGCUGAAGAUCAUGAAAGCCUGCUAUGAAGCCUACCGCACCCCCACCAUGCAGGAGUGUGAGGUGCUGGGGGAGGAGAUUGGGUUGCCCAAAAGAGUCAUCCAGGUCUGGUUCCAGAAUGCUCGUGCCAAGGAAAAGAAGGCCAAACUGCAGGGGGCAGCAGCUGGUGGGGCUGGGGGCAGCAGUGAGGGCCCCUUGGGAGCCCAGCGCACCGACUGCCCCUACUGUGAUGUCAAGUAUGACUUCUAUGUCUCUUGCCGAGGCCAUCUCUUUUCCCGCCAGCACCUGGCCAAACUCAAGGAGGCAGUCCGAGUCCAGCUAAAGAGUGAAAACAAGUGCUACGACUUGGCCCCAGCACCUGAGGCAUCCCAGGUUUCCAAGGCCCCACCUGCCAAUACACCUGCCUCUAUGCCCCUUGGGGCUGCCCCAGCCCUGCCUCGCCUGGCCCCAGUUCUCUUGUCCAGCCCAGCUCUGGCCCAGCCUCCACUGGGCAGCUUAGCUCCUUUUAAUUCAGGCCCUGCAGCCUCCUCAGGCCUCCUUGGCCUCGCCACUUCGGUCCUGCCUGCUACCGCAGUGGUCCAGACUGCUGGCCCAGGCUGCCCCUUACCUCAGAGACCUGUGCCCAACCAAACCAACACCUCCACAGCAGGCACCACUGACCCCACCCCGGGCCCACCUACUGAGCCCUCUGGGGACAAGGUCUCUGGUGAGCGAAAGCCAAUUGCAGCCCCCACCAACUCUUCCACUGAUGCCCUCAAGAACCUCAAAGCAUUGAAGGCCACUGUCCCAGCCCUGCUGGGGGGCCAAUUCCUGCCCUUUCCACUGCCCCCUACAGGAGGGGCCACACCACCGGCCGUCUUUGGCCCCCAGCUACAGGGGGCCUACUUCCAACAGCUUUAUGGCAUGAAGAAGGGGCUAUUUCCUGUGAACCCCAUGAUACCUCAGACCCUCAUCGGACUGCUCCCCAGUGCCCUCCUCCAGUCUCCGCCCCAGCCUCCCGAGCCCACAACCACAGCCCCUCCAAAGCCUCCUGAACUGCCCAUUCCAGGGGAGGGGGAGGCCGGGGAGGCCGACGAGCUGCUCACUGGCAGCACUGGCAUCUCCACCGUGGAUGUGACCCACCGCUACCUGUGCCGCCAGUGCAAGAUGACAUUUGACGGGGAGGCCCAGGCCACGGCUCACCAGAGAUCCUUCUGCUUCUUUGGGAGGAGCUCUGGGGGUUCCAUGCCCCCACCUCUGCGGGUGCCCAUCUGCACCUACCACUGCCUAGCAUGUGAGGUGCUGCUGAGUGGGCGUGAAGCCCUGGCCUCCCACCUGCGCUCCUCGGCCCACAGGCGCAAGGCGGCCCCACCCCCAGGGGGCCCACCCAUCACUGUCACCAACGCAGCCACUGCUGCCACGGCUGCCGUGGCUUUUGCCAAAGAGGAAGCAAGAUUACCUCACACGGACUCCAACCCAAAAACUACUACUACCUCUACACUUCUAGCUUUAUAAACAGAUAAACCAAGAUCCUGGGAGAGGGGAAGGCUUCGGGGCUCCUCUUACACCAAGGGGUGUUUGGUGGGAGCUUAGAUCCCUCACCCCAACCUUCGGUUCCACCCACCUCAUGGGAAUCUCUCAAUCCCACCCUCAGCGGGCUUCCCACACCCCACCUCCAGCAGAGUCCUGCCUUCCCCCACCAGACACCUCUCCUCCACAACCCCUUGCCCUAUGUCUUCAUAGACACAUACCCUAAUUUGUCAUCUUGAUCAUUUAUUCAUGUCUGCCUUGCCCACUAUACCCAGAAUCUAUCCUUGAUCUUUCUACAACCUUUUCCCUGCUGAAUUCCCAGUUCCCUCCAACUCCUAUAAACAAACACACAAAUACAUGUGUCCUAUGCUGUUCCACUGAAAAAACACCAAAAGAAAAAAGAUAAAAGGAAAAAGAAAACCCAAGACAAAGAAGGAGGAAAGAAAGUAAACCACCAUUCCCCCUUCUUCCUGCCCCCUUGUCUGAGCACCAUAUUGCUCAAAAACUUUCCAAAUACCCAGUUGGCUCCCAAGGUUGGAGCCUGGGACGGGCAGGGAGCCCACAAAACUAACCAAACUUUAGGCUGGCAGUGGGGAGGAGUGCUCCCAGGUCACUCUCCUCACACCACCCCACCCCCUCCCCGUAACUUCCUUGCCUGACAGGGGAGCCCCUGUGGCCUGGACUCUAGGGGAAGCUGCCACCAGGAACCCCUCUGCCAACCCCACCCUGCACCCUGGGAACUGCAGUAACUUAUUCUCAAAGGCUUUAAACACAGAGAUCCUCUCAGCAGCCGUGGGCCUGCCCCUUGUCCCAGCCCUGCCAUGUGGAGGUCCAGCCUCUGGGACUGGCGCUGCCCACCAACGGCAAAUCCAAAGUUCUUAAAAAAAAAACAAAACUGAAACAUACACACAACCAAAAAA